ACACACACACACACACACACACCGGGUCUCUCGCAUCUAUGUUCUGCACCGGAUUGUCUCGUGACUGAAUGUAGAGUUCAGUGGGUCUGAGAAUCUUCUCGACUUUCCUACACACACUCCUCUACACACACUGCUCUACACACACUCCUCUCAGUGUGUGAUGAUGUCACUACCUGGGCGUGGUCAGGUGUUGCGGGCGCUGUGUGGCCGUGUCCCUGGCGGUGCUGGUUCUGCUCGGCGACGUUUGUUCGGCGCGGUGGAUCACGAGGAGCUGCAGCGCGACUACAAGCUGCUGAUGAAGGCGGAGCUUGAAGACGCUUCACACCGCUGGAGCUUCGACUUUCCCGCUCACAAACCACGGGGAGGUGGAGACUUUGAGUGGGUGGAGCUUUCUGAGGCUCGAGUACCUUUUCUUUACCAUGACUGUAAAAUAGGCUCUCAACAAAAGGGGGCGUGGCCAGGUCUCAAGAAGGAGGAUGUUCCUACAACACCUGAGUCAUGUGACAGAACCCCACACACACUAAAGAGGAAACAGACCAAUAUCACAGAUUUCUAUCAGGCGAAGAGGCGCGUCGUCACCACCAGGAAGUCGGGCCAGUGACCUGAGGAAACACACACCACACACUUUACACACACCACACACUUUACGCACACUACACAUACACACACACACACACACACUACACUCAGGACUGUUGAGGGACUUUGGAUGAAACGCUCAGUGCUGUUCCUGUACACCAGGCAGUAAUAAAUGUGUUGUGUUGUUUUUGUUGUCCUUUAUGAGUGUUUGUAAUUUCUGUUGUUGUUUUUGUUGUUUUUCGGGGGAAAGUGUAAACAUUCAUCAUUUAUUGUGCGUACAUCGUUCAUCACAGUGAGGCUGAACCCCGCAGCUGUGUGUGCUUCAUUUCAGACAUGGUAACCCAAACCCUGAUCUGAAACACACACACAUACACACACUGACAUCACCAGCAGACAUCAUGAGCAUCAGUGUUGUGUCCGUAACUCAUCACUAAAUCAGUGUUUAUGUUAAACUAUUACGUGUCUUACCAUGUAUCAGAGGCUGUGUGUGUGUGUGUAAGUGUGUGUGUGAGAAAGAGAGAGAGCGACUGUGUGUGUAGGUGUGCGUGAGAGAGAGACUGUGUGUGUGUGUGUGAGCAGAUGCAGAGUAUUAAGAUAAUUUAUUUAUUAGAUGAUAUAACAUUAUAUUGUAAUAAAUGUGUAAAAAAUGAAUAAAAAAUAA